AUGCAUUCGAAAAAUCCUACUCCUGUUCCCUGUGUCACUGUAUUCAAGGCAGGCCGUCCAUGCAGCUUGCUGGCAGAUAUUGAUGCCAAAAGCCGACCCGCCACUCGACUGUUCGAUCCUAUAUCAGCAUUCAUCUCACGGCUUGAGACAGGAGCACAGAGGAAUGAUUACAUUAAGAAUGAUGAUCUCAGUGCUAGUGGCCGGAGUUCCGGGACUGUCAAGGUACUGCUACCUUCGAGGAAAGAGCGAAUUGGAUACCGUACUGUUCCCAAAGGAAAGUUGGCAACACACCACCAUCAGUUGUUGGAGACUUGCCAACCUGCGGACCCAAAAGCAAAAGCCAACACACUCAAAAAAAGUGACAAAAUGGAAUAUGUUAAAAAGGGUCUCCGAUGGACGAACGGCUUCGAGAACCUGAAGCUUGAAAUCAAAGCAAAAAACGAUGCAUUUUCACCACCUAACCCUCCUAAGGCCCCGAGCCGAAGUGCUACAAGGCUAAGCCCCCUACCAGACACUGGAAAUUUACGGCAUAGGGAUCAAAUGGGGAGAAUGGUAUCGUCGAGGAGCCACCCCCCUGGGUUCCGUUCGAAGCUGAAGAAGCCAGGGCUAACAGUCCAUGCCGACUGGGUUUCGCAGGUCAGUGAAUCUCAGCCUCAACAAUACUGGCUCGGUAGAUUCAUCACCCUCGUCAAUGCUUUCCACUACGAAGACUCCUUCCAUGAGCCGGACAUCGCAACCGGGUUCGGCAUGUUGUCAAGUUAUUCUCGUCCGUUAGGACACCCAGAUUCAAACGAGGCGGGCUACCGGAUCAAACGAGCCUUCAUGGUCCUCGAAAAUGUUUGUAUGAACGAUGAAGCAAGUGCGAGUCUACGAAAGUUCCGAUACGAAUACAUUGGCAAAUUUGGAGAUAGGUGGAUGAUAUGA